AUGGCUGCUGCAGUAGCAAUAUUUUCUUUUGCUUUCGUUCUUCUGUUUCCUCUCGUUGCUCAAUCUCAACAAGUUGAAUUCAUCUAUACUGGAUUCAACGGAAGUGAAACAAAUAUUAUUACCACAGAGGGAGCCACAAUUAUCAAGCCCAGUGGUGCGCUUAGGCUCACCAAUUUAUCGCACAAUGUUGCAGGCCAUGCAUUCUAUCACAAACCAAUUCAAAUGAUUGACACAAAUUAUUCUUUCAACACAUCAUUUGUUUUUGCUAUAGUCCCCCCAAGCUCCGGCGAAGGUGGCUAUGGCCUUGCUUUCAUCUUAUCUCCCUCCACCAAAUUUCCUGGAGCUCAGCCUGGGCAUUACCUUGGGAUUUUCAACGAGGCCAACAAUGGUAAUGCUUCAAAUCAUAUAUUUGCAGUUGAAUUUGAUACGGUUAAAGGGUUCAAAGAGCCUUCAGACAGUGAAGGAAACCAUGUGGGAGUCAACAUCAAUGGCAUGACUUCAAAAUAUACUAGACCAGCUUCUUACUUUGUCGGCAGCGACGAAUCAAACGCGGAUGAAAUGCAGUUGGAGAGCGUUGAUCGAAUCCAAGCCUGGAUAGAAUAUGAUGGCUUACAAAAAGUUGUGAAGGUAACCAUAUCUCCUGCAUCGAAACCAAAACCAACCAUACCCCUCAUUUCCAAAAACAUCAAUCUAACCCCAGUUCUUGAGGAGAUGAUGUAUGUUGGUUUCUCCGCAGCAACAGGAAAUAAAUCAAGCUCUCAUUACAUUUUAGGAUGGAGCUUUUCACAGAAAGGAGAAGCUCCGCCUCUAAAUAUCUCUCUGCUUCCCCUACCACUUCCAAGGGAGAAAAAUCCAUCCUCUUUCAAGCCAUUUACGGCAGUCAUUGCUUCUUUAUCUGUUUUCACCUUCAUUUUAUUGGGACUUCUCUUCUUUCUUACUCUUUAUAGAAAGUUGGCCCAUCAUGAGAGUCUUGAGGAGUGGGAGUUGGAUUGUCCUCACAGGUUCAGAUACAGGGAUCUUUAUGCAGCUACCAAGGGCUUCAAACAGAGUGAGGUGAUUGGAGUUGGAGGCUUUGGUGCAGUCUACAAAGGUAUUUUACUCACCACCACAGGAAGUGAACUUGCUGUGAAGAAGAUAAUGCGUAGCUCAACACAAGGAACCAGAGAAUUUGCAGCAGAGAUUGAAAGCUUGGGAAGGUUAAGACACAAGAACCUGGUGAAUCUCCAAGGAUGGUGCAAGCACAAAAACGACCUCCUUAUAGUGUAUGAUUAUGUUCCAAACGGCAGCCUUGAUUCUCUUAUUUUCAAGCCCAAAAACAACCGCGUGUUGCCUUGGGACACAAGAUUCAAUAUCCUUAAAGGCGUCGCAUGCGGAUUACUCUAUCUGCACGAAGAAUGGGAGCAAGUUGUGAUCCACCGAGACGUGAAGUCCAGCAAUGUUUUGAUAGAUGCUGAGAUGAAUGCACGGCUGGGCGAUUUCGGCCUUGCCAGGCUAUAUGAUCACGAGAAGCCAUCGCACACCACCAAUGUCGUCGGCACAAUUGGGUACAUUGCGCCGGAAUUGGCUCGCACCGGCAAGGUUUCGACAAGCUCCGACGUCUUUGCAUAUGGGAUGUUGCUACUUGAAGUUGCUGCCGGAAGAAGACCGAUUGACUCGAGCAGUUUCGUUCUCAUCGACCAUGUAAUGGAGUGUCAUCAGAUGGGUACAGUCAGGGAAGCGGUUGACCCGAAGUUGAACUCCAUUUACGUGAUUGACGAGGUGGAGUUGGUUUUGGAACUGGGUCUUCUCUGUUCUCAUCACCGGCCAGAAGCCCGGCCGACGAUGAGACAAGUGACACGGUAUCUCAGUCGGGAUGACCCGCUUCCUGCCAUUAAUGAUUGGGGCUCCGUUGACUCUCAAAGCUUCAGCGAAAUGAACUCGAGAAUGUUGUUAGAAGCAGUUUCUUCUAAUACCAUCACGUCGGCCAGUGGCAACUUCUCCACCACUUCCAUAGACACCGGCAGAUAAUAGCUAAGAGCUAGCCAAAUUUUUUUUGAGUUACAGAUAAAUUACAUUUUA